UCGAUCCAUGGUGCAAAAGACAGUCUUGAAGGUUGACAUUUCGUGUAAGAAACGCAAGAAGAAAGUCCUUAAGGCAGUGUCUUCCUUACAAGGUAUAGAUAAAAUAGAGAUUGAUGGAGCCAAGGGGACCUUGGCAAUAACAGGGGAUGCCGAUCCAAUUGAUGUGGUUGACCGCUGCAGGAAAGCGGCGGGCAGGUUUGUAGUAGAGGUCGUGACUAUUGGUCCUCCGCCCAAGCCACAAGAUCAAUCGGCGAAGAAGCAAGAAGAAAAGAAACCCGACGAAAAGAAGCAGCCUCAAAUGAUUGCUCAUUAUCCAUGUCCAUGUCCUCUAUGUUCUAAUAAUUAUCAUCACUAUAUGCCUACUUAUGCCCAUUUAACGCGCUGGGAAGAACCUCAGCCAUUUUGCACUAUCUUGUGA